AUGCAAAAUAUACUUGCUCUUUCUGCUGCAAGUAAAAAGAAAAGCAGUUGGGAUUUGGCUUGUAAAAAAACGUUGGCUGAUGGCCCUUGGACCGUAUCCACUACUACAGCUGCCACUGUUCGAUCAACCGUGCGUCGUCAACAUUAUCAACUCAUUAGAAUAUAA